AUGGUCCAAGUUUUCCAGGGUCUCUUUAUUGUUGGCAGUGUUGUGCAGUGGAACCAGAAUCAGGUGUUUCUUCCAAAUGCACCUGAGGAAGAAUCUCGAGAAGAAGGUUUCACCUUCAGCAGUUGUGCCAGCUCCAACCAACAGAUGCUGGAGGAAGAGGAAGAAGAGAAUGGAAAAGCGUGCAAGGGAAAGUACCACCAAAGUCUCCACCUAUUCAAACCGUUCCGAACUACACAGAAACACAAGCAUCCAAUUGACAAUUCGGGUCUAUUCUCUUUUAUGACCCUGAACUGGCUUUCUCCACUAGCAUGGAAGGCCUACAAAUAUUCUCGUCUGGAAAUGACUGAUCUGUGGAAUUUAUCCUGCAAUGAAUCCUCUGAAGCAAAUUCUCGACGCUUUGAGAAGCUAUGGAAGGAUGAACUAAAGCAGCAUGGACGAGAGAAGGCCUCUCUGGGACGAGUAGCUUGGCGGUUCUGUCAAACAAGGGCUUUCAUCGCGGUUGGCUGCCUGAUGAUUACAAUGGUAGCCAGCUUUGUUGGACCUGCUGUUGUCAUUAGGAGACUGUUAGAGUACGCACAAGCACCAGAGUCAAACCUUCAAUACGGGCUGCUCUUAGUCUUGGGCAUUUUUAUGGCAGAGUUAGUGCGUUCAUGGUCAUUUGCACUGACCUGGGCUUUAAACUAUCGCACUGGAACUCGGCUCCGGGGUGCAUUACUUACCCUGGCCUUUGAAAAAAUUCUUAAGCUACGAAACACAAAGGAUGUUACAGUUGGAGAAUUGGUGAACAUCUGCUCAAAUGACGGACAACGUCUCUUCGAAGCGGCCUCUGUGGGUUCCAUGUUGACGGGAGGUCCUCUUGUUGCCAUACUAGGAAUUAUCUAUACAGCUUUGUUUCUUGGGCCUACUGCUCUGCUGGGAUCAGCUGUCUUCAUUCUUAUCUAUCCAUUAUUGAUGUUUAUGUCCAGGCUGACAACUUACUUCAGGAAGCAAUGUAUUGCAGUCACAGACAGACGUGUGAGAUUGAUGAACGAAAUUCUGAACUGUAUCAAAUUCAUUAAGAUGUAUACCUGGGAAAAAUUAUUUGCUGAGAAGGUUCACUUGAUCAGAAGCAGAGAGAGACACUUUUUGGAAAAAGCAGGUUAUGUGCAGAGUAUCACAGUUGGAGUUGCUCCAAUUGUGGUUGUAGUUUCCAGUAGCUGCACAUUCACACUCCAUAUGGCAAUGGGAUAUGAUCUAACUGCAGCUCAGGCAUUUACAGUUGUUGCAGUCUUUAAUGCAAUGACCUUUGCCCUGAAAAUCACACCAAUAUCUGUAAAAGCCCUAUCAGAGGCAUCUGUUGCUGUAGGCAGAUUUAAGCAUUUACUUUUAAUGGAAGAACUAGAAGUUGUAAGGAAACAGCCCAUUAGCACACAUAAUGCCAUAGAAUUUUGUGAUGCUACCUUGGCAUGGGAAAGCAGCAGUAUCUGUUUCUUAGAACGACAAGAAGACUCAAAUAAGGAUGAUGUGAAGAAGGUGAAAAAGAGGAAGGCAAGAGGGUUGGAGAAGAAAAAAUUGAAUCUUUAUGUUGAAGCUGACCAGGAAAAUUCAAUUGUCAAACAAAAUGAUCAUCUGUUGCAUGGCACUAAAGUGCAAUAUGACCACGACAACGUACAUGUUAAUUUAUCAUCUCCAAAACCCAAGUUCCAGACAACCUUGCACCACAUCAACCUAAAUGUUGAACAGGGUAAACUGGUAGGCAUUUGUGGCAGUGUGGGAAGUGGAAAAAGUUCUCUGAUAUCUGCUAUCCUGGGCCAGCUGAUAUUACUUGAAGGGACAGUUGCAGUGAGAGGCACAUUUGCUUAUGUAGCCCAACAGGCAUGGCUUUUUAAUGCAUCUCUACGUGACAAUAUCUUAUUUGGCAAAAGUUAUGAAGAAGAAAAGUAUAAUAACGUAUUGGAAGCUUGCUGUCUGUAUCCUGACAUAGAAAUUUUACCUUCUGGAGACAUGACUGAGAUUGGAGAACAUGGUGCCAACCUUAGUGGAGGGCAGCGACAACGGAUUAGUCUUGCACGUGCUCUAUACAGCGAUCAAAGUACUUUCCUCCUGGAUGACCCACUGAGUGCAGUAGAUGCCCAUGUUGGAGCUCACAUGUUUACAAAUGCUAUUAAGAUAGGAAUGAAAGGGAAAACAGUUCUCUUUGUCACUCAUCAGCUUCAGUAUCUGGUAGAUUGUGAUGAAGUGCUGUUCAUGCGGGAUGGAUGUAUUGCUGAACAAGGCACACAUGAGGAGCUAAUGGCGCUUAAUGAAGACUAUGCUGCGCUAUUUAAUAGCAUGCAGCAAGCUAAUCUUAUUCAGAAAAACCUAAGAAACACUGUCAAAAAACCUGGAAAUAAACUUGGAAAUCUACUUUCUAUGAGCAAGUCAGUGUCCAUUGUCCAUGAAAAGAAGAAGGAAGACCAGCUUAUGCAAGCAGAGGAAAAAGCUGGUGGUUCUGUUUCUUGGUCAACUUAUGGAAUUUACAUCAAAGCUGCAGGAGGUACAUUCAUCUUCCUUCUGAACAUUCUUCUGUUCCUACUGACCGCUGGCAGCAUAGCUUUCAGUAACUGGUGGCUCAGCUACUGGAUUAAACAGGGCAGUGGGAAUACUGCAGUGACUAAGGGUAAUGUGACCUACAUCAGCAAUAGCAUGAGAGACCAUCCAAAUCGGAACUUUUACACUUGGGUUUACGCUUCAUCCAUGUUGGCUGUACUCCUCUUCAAGGCAUUACGUGGAUACAUAUUUGUUAAGGGUAAAUUGCAAGCUUCCUCCAAGCUGCAUGAUGCUUUAUUUAAAAAGAUUCUUAAGAGUCCAAUGAAAUUUUUUGACACCACACCUUUGGGCCGCAUUCUGAAUCGGUUUGCAAAGGAUAUGGAUGAAGUGGAUGUGCGGCUGACCACUCAGUCUGAAAUGUUAAUACAGAAUAUUAUUCUUAUAUUGUUCUGUCUUGGCGUCGUCAGUGCAGUUUUCCCGUGGUUUCUUAUUUCAGUAUUACCCCUCUGCAUUAUCUUCAUGAUUGUUAACAGGAUUUCAAGGGUUUUAGUUCGUGAGCUUAAGAGAAUGGACAGUAUCAGCCAGUCGCCGUUUACAUCUCACAUUACCUCCAGCAUCCAAGGUUUGUCAACUAUUCAUGCUUAUGACAAGGAAAGUGAGUUCCUACAAAAGUAUCAAGAGCUACUGGACUGUAAUCAAGGCCCGCAUUUCCUAUUCAGCUGUGGCAUGCGAUGGCUGGCUGUACGCCUUGACCUCAUUAGCAUUAUACUCAUCACUAUAGUGUCAGCGAUGAUGGUUUUCAUGCAUGGAAGGAUUUCGCCAGCCUAUGCAGGACUUGCCAUCUCCCAUACAGUCCAGCUGACAGGACUUUUUCAAUUUACGGUCCGCUUAGCAUCAGAAUCAGAAGCCAGAUUCACAUCUGUAGAAAGGAUCAGACAUUACAUAAUGAAUUUGGAAUCCGAAGCACCAUCUCAUAUUCCAGAGACGGCACCUCCUCUCAACUGGCCUCAGGAAGGACAGAUCCAGUUCCAUGAAGUGGAAAUGUGUUACCGUGACAACCUUCCACUUGUACUGAAGAAAGUUACAUUUACCAUCAAACCUCAGGAAAAGAUUGGAAUAGUUGGAAGAACAGGAUCAGGGAAAUCAUCCCUGGGAGUGACAUUGUUUCGACUGGUAGAAAUUUCCAGUGGUGCCAGUACAAUAGAUGGUGUGAUGAUUAGUGAUAUUGGACUGGAUGAUCUUCGAAGAAAGCUAUCCAUUAUCCCACAGGAACCUGUGCUCUUUGCGGGACCAUUAGGUAUAUCAAACCUGGAUCCUUAUAAUCAAUAUACUGAUGCUCAAAUUUGGGAUGUGUUAGAAAGAGCUCACAUGAAAGAAAAUAUUUCACAGCUGAAUGAGAAACUUGAUUUUGAGGUCAUGGAAAAUGGAGAGAACUUUUCUGUGGGUGAGAGGCAGCUGUUGUGUGUGGCUCGGGCCCUUCUUCAACACAGUAAGAUUUUACUGCUGGAUGAAGCUACAGCUGCUAUUGAUACCGAUACUGAUGUAUUGAUUCACAAGACCAUUCAGGAGGUUUUUUCUGAUUGUACAAUGCUAAUUGUAGCACAUCGUCUUCACACAGUUUUGAACUGUGACAGGAUAAUGGUGUUGGACCAGGGGCAAAUUGCUGAAUUUGACAGCCCCGGUGUCCUACUCUCUAAUGACAAUUCAAGAUUCUAUGCAAUGCUUAGCUCAGUGGAAAACAAGAUAAUAGCUCCGCCAACCAGCAGCAAGUCUCCUUGA